AUGGCGACAGCGUAUAUAAUCGAUUCCAAAACUUCUGGGGCAACAUAUAUCAGAUGGGCGCGGAAACAAUGUCCUGGUAAUGAUACGGAGCUUGUUUAUUCAGGUUGGGCAGGCGGUAGUUUUUAUGAUCAACCAGGUGCUGCAGCAGAAUAUAUGUGCUUACCUCCAGACCCGGAUUUUGUGAAAACAUCUGGUGGUGAUUUCGGUCGAAUGUUUGGUGCAGAAUUUGACUCAGAUUUUUUGGCUAGUGGAGCUACAAGUGAAGAUGUACCAUGUGCCUUGUGUAGACCAAAACAUUCGUCAUCUGCCAUCAUGAUUCCUGGAAAGAACACUUGCUACUCUGUGUGGAAAAUGGAAUACCAUGGGUACCUUGCAUCCGGUAAUUAUAUACAUACGGCAGCAAGCUCCUUUGUGUGUGUAGAUAUUCAGCCAGAAUACAUAAUAGGCGGGUUAGACGGACAUGACGGAAAAUUGUUUUUAGAAGUUAUUGCUAAAUGUGGAUCACUUAAAUGCCCUCCAUACAAGCCAAGUUAUCCUCUCACCUGCGUUGUUUGUACAAAAUAA